UUUUAUCAGUAAAAAGUUAAUCGAUGGUUGUCCCGCCUUCACUCUCACUCGAAUCGUACUCCCUACUCUUUUGCCAAGUUCAGUUUCUUUCUCCAUGAGUUAUCCGAUUUUCAUCUCCGACGAUGAUGCUACUCCUCCACCUCCAUUCCCAUCCAACAAGAGGCCUCGAAAGAAUCCUCCUCCCACCCCUACCGUCGAAACCGAAGCUUCUUCUUCUUCUCCUCUGCUCGUCGACGACGACGAUGACGUCACCGUCGUCAGAUGUCCCCUUGGUUCCGCAGCUGGCUCCUCUUCGCGGCGCCGUGAAGAAAUUUUAGCCGGUAAAGGAGUGAUAUCUCUUGACUCGGAUUCUGAAGACACUCCUGGAGCUGGAGCUGAGACUUCGAACAAGUAUGGGCCCACCAUACAUGUUGAUUCUUUGCAGCAUCCUUGUCGAUUGGAGCCUCUUACCAGUGAUUCUGAUUCUGAUAAUAGUACUGAUUGGUUGCGGGGACCCAGUUCUCAAUCUUCACUUCCCAAAGUUGCUAUUGAGGUCGAUUCUGACCAAGAGAAUGAAGACGUAAGUGUUGAGAAAAUGAGUCGACAAAAGCAGACAUCCGGCUCUAAAAGUCCAUCUCUUUCUGGUAACGCAUUGCCAAGAAAGCGGUUGUCAAAGGAUGAAAGAAUCCGUGCCGCAGAGGAAAAAAAGUUAAGGAAAGAACAAGAGAAAUUACAGAGAGCUGCCUCGAGAGCAGAAGAAGCUGAGAAAAGGAAGUUGGACAAGGAAAUGCAGAAACGGGGAAAAGGAAAGUUGGCGCUUAAAUCUAUCGUCGCUGAGAUUGAUCUUCAGUUGGUUGAAGGAGCCCUUGGAGCACCUCUGAUCACACUGUUCGCUGAGAAAGGCAUUACGUACCGUGUAAUCUCUAAUCCAAUCAAGAGUUCUAUUGUGUGGACAAUGACGACACUUCCAGAGGAUGUUUCUCAGAAGAUUCCAUAUGUUUUACUUGUGCACGAGGCUGAAGAAUUUUGCAAUCUUGUUGCAAAUGAAAGACUUCUAGAAAACGUCUCGAGAGUUCGGGACCAAUACCCAUCUUAUACAGUGUGCUACCUCACAAAUAAAUUGAUUUCAUACGUUGAAAAAAGGGAAAAGAAAGAUUAUAACGUGGGAAAAUCCAAUGGUUGGAAGCGACCUCCUAUUGAUGAGGUGCUUGCAAAGUUAACAACGCACUAUGAUAGAGUGCAUUCCAGGCAUUGUAUAGAUGGGCCUGAGGUGGCUGCACAUGUUGUUGGUUUAACGAGCAGUCUGGCCUCUUGCCACUUCAGGAAAAAGUCAUCUUGGUUAUCAGUAAAGGCUGAAGGUAUUGUAGCCUCCAUGGAUUCUGUUGACAAGCAUUUGAUUAAGAAGAGUCCAUGGUUAAAAGCGUUAAUAGCAAUACCAAAGGUGCAGCCAAGAUACGCGGUAGCAGUGGGGAAGAAAUAUCCAACAAUGAAGUCUCUUCUUAAGGUGUAUAUGGAUCCUAACAAAUCGGAACAAGAGAAGGAGUUGCUUCUAAAGGACUUGAAAUUAGAAGGGUUAACAGGAAAAGACGCAAACUUAGGAAUAGUUGGUUCUAAGCGGAUAUAUAGAGUUCUCAUGUCUAGGACUGGAGAACUUAAGACUGAUGAAGUGGCUUCACAGAUUUAUUCUCCACACGACUUGGACUAGAACUUUGUCAGACAAAAACAGUAGAGUGCUUUUGUCUUGAGAUUAAAUUUUUGUACAUGUAUGCAAGUUACAUAACUUGUAAAAAAAGUUGAUAAUCUCAUAACUUUCUACUC